AUGUCUUUGGAAAGAGAGGAACCACAACACUUCGGAGCAGGGCCAGCUCAAAUGCCCACACCAGUUUUACAACAAGCUGCUAAGGACUUAAUAAACUUUAAUGACAUAGGUUUGGGUAUCGGUGAAAUUUCCCACCGUUCGAAGGAUGCCACUAAGGUGAUUGAAGACUCUAAAAAGCACUUAAUUGAAUUGCUAAAUAUUCCUGACACUCAUGAAGUUUUCUACUUGCAAGGUGGUGGUACUACUGGUUUUUCAUCUGUUGCUACUAACUUGGCAGCCGCAUAUGUGGGCAAGCACGGAAAGAUUGCAGCAGCCGGUUAUUUGGUCACCGGUAGUUGGUCUCAGAAAUCUUUUGAGGAAGCAAAGAGAUUGCAUGUCCCAGCUGAGGUUGUCUUCAAUGCUAAGGAUUAUAACGGUGGUAAAUUUGGUAUAAUCCCAGAUGAGUCUCUUUGGGAAGAUAAAAUCAAAGGUAAGAAUUUCUCAUAUAUAUACCUGUGUGAAAAUGAAACUGUUCAUGGUGUUGAAUGGCCAGAGUUACCAAAAUGCUUGGUAAACGACCCCAAUAUCGAAAUCGUUGCCGACUUAUCCAGUGACAUUUUGUCUCGUGAGAUUGACAUUUCUCAAUACGGUGUCAUCAUGGCUGGUGCCCAAAAAAAUAUUGGUUUAGCAGGCUUAACCCUAUACAUUAUCAAGAAGUCCAUUCUUAAGAACAUUUCUGGCGCUUCUGAUGAAACAUUACAUGAAUUGGGAGUACCAAUCACUCCUAUUGCAUUUGACUAUCCAACAGUGGUGAAAAAUAACUCAGCCUACAAUACAAUUCCAAUCUUCACUUUACAUGUUAUGGAUCUCGUUUUUCAACAUAUCUUGAAAAAGGGUGGUGUUAAAGCACAACAGGCUGAAAAUGAAGAAAAGGCCAAGAUACUAUAUGAGGCGUUGGAUUCAAAUCCAGACUUUUACACCGUCCCAGUGGAUCCAAAAUGUAGAUCAAGAAUGAACGUUGUUUUCACCCUCAAAAAGGAUGGUCUUGAUGACCAAUUUUUAAAAGAGGCAGCUGCUCGUAAGUUAACGGGUUUAAAAGGUCAUCGUUCAGUUGGUGGGUUCAGAGCCUCUAUCUAUAAUGCACUCUCAGUAAAGGCUGUACAAAACUUAGUAGAUUUUAUUAAGGAAUUUGCUGAGAAAAAUGCUUAA